AUGGCUACACGACGACGACAUUCGACGAGGUGCUGGCCGCGAGCAGCUGCCUUGGCUCUUAGCCUUGCUGGCGGGUGCCUCAGUGGAGUGGCACCGCCGAGCGUGCCCCCGGGAUGGACAGUCCAUUUCCAGCAGGACACACCAUAUUUUUACAACGAAAAGACGGGCGAAACGACGUGGGAACAGCCUCGUCGCACCACGACUGCUGAUCCAGCAACAGCGGUGGCUCCAUCGGCUGCUUCGGCUGCGACACCUGGGUAUCUCGCCGCCGCCGGAACCAACGAACCGCGGUCGCCUUCUUCUUCCCAUCGAGACUUCUCCUCGCAGCCUCCGGAUCGGGGAGGGCGCCCACCCUCCUCCUCUGCAGCCGGUGGCGAUGGGGCCAGGAAGCGGGGCUGGUUUGGCUUGCGACGCCAGGCUGCGAGGCAGCAGCAGCAACAGCAGCAGCAGCAGCAACAGCCGCAGCAACAGCCGCAGCAACAGCAAUGGCAGAGCCGCGGUGCAACCCCCGCCGGGGGCCGUGGCGCGCUGCGGGAAGAGCGCUCCCAAGAGCAGUGGCAAGGGGCGAGGGACCGGGGGUGGAGUCACUCCGGCCGGGGGGGGGGGGGGGGUCGAUCGCGGCACGAGAGGCUGCCGGACGAUCCUCAAGCUUUCGGCGGCGGGCAACAGCACAAGCAGCAGCAGCAGCCGCAGCAGCAGCCUCCUGGUGCGUCAAACGAGCGGUGGGAGGGGCCGCAAGCGAAGGGGUGGGGGGACGAGGAGGAAUCGGCGGCGGGGGGGUGUAGCGAGCCGUCGCGGGCGGGCAGUAGUAGUUCGUUCGGCGCGGGAGGCUUGGCAGGCCCCGCGGUUCAGGCUCCCCCGACUGGCGUAGGACCGGAAGGCGGUGUCGCUGGAGAGGGAGUCGCUGCUGCUGCUACCGCUGCUGCUGCUCCUGAGGACCCCUCUGGUGCGCAAUCUGAUGGAGUUGAAGGGGACGUGGGCGGUGGUGCCCUCGAGGCGACUGACGAGCAACAGCGCAGGGCCGGCGACCAGGACCAGUGGUGGACAGGGGUUUCCGUCAUCGCUCCUUCAACCGCGAGCGCCGGAGCCGGCCGGAUAGCAGAGCUGGGGACGACGGGCGAUGGUCUGGCAGGGCAGAGCGAGGGCGGCGGGAGGAUUGGAAAACACGACGGGGUACUGGGCGCCGCGGGGGCAGGAGCCGACCAAGCGCGGCUAGCAGCGUCGGGCACGGACGAGAUCAUCGCCGCCGAAAAGGGAGGAGCGGCGGCGCCCUCAGCAGCAGCAGACGGUACGACUGACGAGUGGUUCUUGGUCUCGCAGGAACCGCAGACACGCGAAGAGCACCCCGCUAGCAGCAGCCCGCCAGCCUGGGAGGGCCACGACGGCGACGAAGGGGUGUUGCCGGGCGGUGGCGGGCCUGCUGGGUACGUGGGGACGGCGACGGGAUCAACCGGCGCGGGCGGCACGGACGGACAGAGCCCUUCCACGAUGGCGCAGAAAAGAGGCCUUUGGGGAUCAGGGUCCCCGUCUCAGCACGAGCAGCAGCCGCAGCAGCCGCAGUAUGGCUACGACGGGAUGGGGCACGGGGACGCAGACUGGGAUUGGGCAGACCCGUGGGGGCAAGGAGCGUCGUGGGGGGCCCCAGGGUGGGCGCCAGGCGCGGAACGAACGCAGGAAAUUCAACCCGGCGGGUCCCCGCCCCCCGCUCCCAGCCCUAUCUUCAAGGAGGAGUUGGACGGGGGGCACCCAAUUGGAUCGGUCCCCGACGGUACGGGGGUGGCGGGGAGCGGGUGGGGCCGACACCACUCUGGCGGGGGAGAGCGGCCGGGCGUUGCGUCGAAGGUGGCGGCCGGUGCCGCUGGUGCGGCCGGUGCUGCGCUCGGCGCUGGUGGCGAAGCUACCACCGAUGCUGCUGAGAAGGGGGCCACGCGAAAGGAGGGGGGGGUGACGGAGUUGGCGCGGGCGUUGGCGGAGGCGGCGACCGAGCUGGAAGAAGCGCGACAGGUCCAAGCGGAGCUUCGGGCCGCUCUCAAGAAGGAGGAGGAAGGCAAGGCGGCGGCGCUAGCGGCGGCCACAGCCGCGGAGGAAAAGACGGAGAAGGCAGAGGCGUUCGCCCUGCGGCAGGCGGAGUCGGCCAAGGAGAACGCUACGGCAGCGGGGCAGUGGCUUGUCUCGCUAGGGUUGGAGCGGGAGGAGCUGAAGGGGCAGCUCGCAGCGGCGCAGACGAACAGCACCUCGUUGCUGGAGGAGCUGUCGGCUUUGAAGGAGAGCGCGGUAGAGGCCGAGCUGCGGGCUAACUCUUCGGAAACGAAGCUGAGGAUGGCCAUGGAAGACAUCGAGGUAUUGGACGAGGGACUGAAGCUGUUCAUGGACGGGGAUGGACAGCCGCGGCAGCAGUCCUCGCGGGCCGGCCCGCUAUCGUGGAGGCGUGUGUCCGAUGCUUACCUCCGCCCGCUGUUGCCUUCCAAGCUUAAGGCCCCCACCCCGGAGGAGCUGGAGGCACUCAAGCUUAACCGCUCCCUCGGACGGGCCCUCGAGAACAACACCGCUCUCGCUGAGGCUGUGAGCAGCAAGGACGAUUUGGUGAAGGAGCUCAACUCGCGAAUCAAGCAGUUCCAGCUGCACGCGGUCCGCAGAAAGAAGGGAUACCGGGCGCUCAAGCUUGGUCUGGCGGAGCUUACGAACGAGGUCCAGGCCAAAGAGACGAUGAUGACCAUCCUGACGGUGUGCAUGCUGGGGACAAGCUCCAUCUUGGAAGGCAUGUACGCCUCGCUCGAAGCUCAGAGAGCGAAUAUCGCAGAGAUAGCGGAGGUGCUGAGGGAUCGGGAAGAGCGGGUUGAAGAGCUCACCGUGGAGGUGGAAAACGGCACCGCGUGUCUCACGGACCUUCAAACGUCCCUCCACAAGACGGAGUCUGCGCUUUCAGCGGUGGCCGUCUCUCUUGGCGCGGAGGAGGAGUGCGUGCAGAGGUGGAAGGAUGCGGUAGCGGCGGCUGCCUUGGGGAGGGCCACGCCGGGAGAAGAACCGGGAGACGACGACGACGGCGAGGGGCCGCUAGGGCAACUACUGCACGAGAUCCACGCGGCCGCCGCGAAAACGUUCGUGAGCCCGCUUGGGUUAGAGCCCAGCACGGGCGCCAUCACGAUCGCCGUACCGAGACCCCUGGACGGGGAGGCCGGCGGAGGCGGAAGGGGUGGGGGGGUUGGGGUGGGGGUGGAUCGCGGGACGAAGUCGCCGGGGGGGUUCUGGGCAGGUGUUUUCGACCUCCUUUUCUGUCGCAGAAGAUGAUGCAUGGAAGGCGUGUGAUUGGGAGGGAAGGAAGGCGGAGACUGAUUUCGGGGUGUCUUCGGCUGGUUUUGGGGUGUGAUUGACCGGCACAGGGGACAGCGCUGGCUGUGUCGAUCGAUGAUGCUGCUGCGCUGGUUUCUUUCUUUCUUGAACAUCAAACGUCUGGGGGGGGGUUCCGAUGGUUUCACGAUUUUUUUUUUUUGUCUUGAGCGAGGGGUCGAACGGGCGCGAAGAGAGCGAUCAACAAGGUGGACGUAUCCAGAGGUAUAGCUGGGAUCUCGGGCUGAACGUUUCGCUUUGCUCCUUUGCAUGUGUCGGGAUCCCCCCCCCUGACAAGCCAACCUUCGGUCAGGUCAUGAGAGGCUUCCACAAUAGUCGGCAAAAAAGGCAAGCAGAGCAGUCAUGGGGGGGGGCGCAGCAGGGGCUCUUGCGGAGGAGGCAACGUGAAGUGGUGAAGACAGAUGUGGCUUCUCUUUACGUCGGAGCUGUUUUCCUCCGAGGAUUUGUGCGGAAUUCGUGGUGGGGGGCAGGGUUCGGGGUUUUUGAUGACACGACGUGUUAUAGAUAAUCGAAAUCUUGUUUCGAGUUUUGAUUGCUCAGUUUGCAGGCACAUGUACAUCCACUAUUUUUUGUCUUGUUUUAAGAGUGUGAUCUGAUCAUCAGCGAGUGAAUAUGGGUGGUUGGGUAGAUGGUUGGGUAGAUGGUUGGGCGGGCUCGCACCACCUGUGGCGGAAGUGCAGGGGGCGAAGGCGAAUAAAUAAACAGGAAAGGAAGGGGGCGACCGUUCUGCUUCUUCUUUCGGCCACCGGACAUGGUCAGUUUCAUUCUUGACUGCUGUUACAGCAUCCGUCGCGGUGUAUCGAGGCUGUUUUUUGCUUUUUGUUUUUGUGCAAGUUUUGUCUCCCUAUCUGGCGCCCUCUGCACUCUACCUAUGGCACAGAAUAUAAAAAAAAACGUUGAAUUCAA